GUAGCUAUAGUCAACGAUUCCUGUCUUGUCUACAAAGCAAACUCGGAAAACAGAAAAGUAAUUGAAAAAAAUAGCGAAAAACUAAAAGGAUAUUUUUUUUUUUCCGAGGCUUCCACCAGCUCCAGUGCACCACUUCCGUUUUUUGAGUUUUCGCAUUUCCAAAACCCUAAUCACGAAUUCACAUUGAAACCACAUCGGGGUGGUGAAGAGGUCAAUGUUCGGUGGCGGAGGGGAGGACGCGUUGGCGGCGCGGCUUGGCAUGGUGACGCCGCCGCCGCUGAUGAACCCGGCGACGUCGUUGGUGAUGUCCGGGGAGGUAUCGGCGGCGGUGAGGGAGGAGAGGGGACCGGCGCAGCCGCAGUGGAGCCAGCAGGAGACGCGGGAGUUCAUAGCGAUACGCGCGGAGCUGGAGCUGGACUUCACUGCGUCGAAGCGGAACAAAACGCUUUGGGAAGUGGUGAGUUCGAAGAUGAGGGAGAGAGGGUUCAGGAGGAGCCCUGAACAGUGCAAAUGCAAGUGGAAGAACCUCGUUAAUCGCUAUAAGGGAAAAGAGACAUCUGACCCAGAGCAUAGCAGGCAAUGUCCAUUUUUUGAAGAAUUGCAUGCAGUAUUUACCCAAAGGGCACAUAAUAUGCAACGAUUACUUCUUGAAUCUGAAACUCGCUCAGCUCAAACCAAGAAAGGAGUGAAAAGACCAAGUGGAGAUCGAUCUUCAGAGGAACUCUCAGAAGAUGACGACGAGGUUGAAUAUGAUAGCGAAGAGGAAAAACCUUCUAGAAGCAAUACCCGCAAAAGGAAAGUUGACAAAGUUGGAACGGAUAAGUCUUCUUCAAGAGCAAACAAUCCAUCGCAUGCUGUCAGUAGUACUAGUAGUAUUCAGGAAAUGCUAAAGGAAUUUUUCCAGCACCAGUUAAGGAUGGAGAUGCAGUGGAGGGAGAUGAUGGAAAGACGUGCUCAUGAAAGACAGUUGUUUGAACAGGAGUGGAGGCAGUCGAUGGAGAAGCUUGAGCGGGAGAGGUUAAUUAUUGAACAGGCAUGGAGGGAGAGAGAAGAACAGAGGAGAAUGAGAGAAGAGAGUAGGGCGGAAAAAAGGGAUGCUUUAUUGACGACCCUUUUGAACAAACUCAUUAAUGAAUCUAACUAACUGAAGCAAAAUGGUUUGGGUUCCUUGUAACUGAUUACUUUGUUGUUUCCAUUUAUAUAUGAUUCUAAGUAUAGCACAGAAUGGACUAAAUUUUACAGUAGCUUUUUGAUUACAAAGAAUUUUAGAAAGGAGAAUCUGGAUGAAGAAAGGAGUAUUUAUAGGAGUAUAUCAACAUUUUCUCUUGAAAAUUGAUAUAGAAAGCUUUUAUAUGAACUAUUAUUUAGGGAUA